CUAUGGAGACUCACAUGAGCUUCACCUUCACGAGCUCAGAUCCAAUGUCGCCAUUCCUAAUCCUGCAUUGACGAUCUCAAAUCUCCUCCGGAGCUACACAACCGGCGAGGCACAGGACAAUGCGCCUCGGCGGGCCCAGGCGGAGACGAGCGUCGGUGGCCUCAGUACUUCUAAUAGGAUGCGCCAUCUGCGCGGGAAUCGGAAUCUUCACGCUCGCUGUGAGAUCCCUCGAUCCUUCGCCGGAAAUCGCCGAAGCCGUCCACCCGGACCUCCUAUUGAAGGACGCGAGCUCCCAGAGCAGCGGCGGCGAGGAGGUGGAUAGUGGAGGUGGCGAGCGGCGGAAGUCUUGCGCGACGGUCGAGGAGAUGGGGGAGGUGUUCAGGGACGGGUUCUUCACGGAGAGCCUCCGAGUUAGGGAGCUAAUCCGAGCUCACUUCGAUUUGAAUGGUGCUGCUAGAGUGAGGGGUCUUCCGCCCGAGCAAUUCUGCAAACGGGGAUUCGUCCUGGGAAAGGCCUCGGAGGCAGGAUUCGGUAAUGAGAUGUACAAGGUGUUGACAGGGGCAGCGCUGAGUGUGAUGUUGAACCGGUCGCUGAUCAUUGGGCAAACCAGGGGUAAAUUUCCUUUCGGUGAUUAUAUCUCCUACUCUGAUGUGGCCUUCACACUAAAAGAAGUGAAGCAUCUCUGGAGACAUAAUGGCUGUAGAAAGAAGUACGGGAGGCAACUGGUCAUGAGGAUUGAUGACUUUGUGAAGCCAUUGAAGACAGAUGUCCUCUGUAGCAAUUGGAAGGAAUGGAAGCAGCCUAUCGUAUGGCUACAAAAUACAACUGAUGCUGUGGCUGCUCAAUUUUUUCUGAAGAACAAACACUCAGACAUGAGGAAUGCUGCCUCCACUCUUUUUGGACACCCAGAAUCGCUCCAUCUUAGACCCAAUGUUUAUGGCGAGCUUAUGAGAAUUUUGAUAUCUCCUUCUCAAGAAGUAGACGAUGCAGUCAAUUGGGUUCUUCGUAAUAGUGAGGACCCUGAUAUUUCACUGCAUAUGAGAAUGAUGAAUAAUAGGUCGCCGAGGGCUGCGCAGGCAGCAAUUAACUGCAUCAGAAAAGCCACAAGCAAUCUGCAACUGUCAAAACCCAGAGUUGUUAUCGUAUCAGAUACCCCCACAUUCGUAAAAGGCAUUAUUUCAAAAACAAGUGAAUUUGCUGAGAUACUGCACUUUGAUCAUAAAGUUUUCAGAGGAAACAUAUCCCUCAGUGCGGAUAAGUUGCACAGUUUAGAAUUUCGGUCCAAGGACUGGGGACCAGCUCCCAGGUGGGUCGCGUUUGUGGACUUCUUUCUAGCAUCGCGUGCGAAACAUGUGGUUGUUUCUGGCGCUCACCGGCGUGUUGGGACCACCUAUGCGCAGCUUAUUGCUGCACUCGCUGCAGCAAACAAUAUGGGGGAUGGAUCCGGUGGCUUGAACUUUUCCUUCCUGAGCAGCUUCCAGAGUAACUUGCUGGCAGGAGGCUUGGGGAAUCAAAUCGGAUGGGGCCACGUUUGGAACCGUUUUGCUGGCCCUCUGAGCUGCCGUGGACAGCCCAAUCAGUGUGCCCUUACGCCGUUUCUUCCUCCUGCUUGGUGGGAUGGCCUCUGGCAGUCCCCAAUCCCACGCGAUGUUAAGAGGUUGGCUAUGUACGGCAUAAAGCUAUCAGGUUUUGGUACAAUUGACGAGGAUCAUCUUCUUUCUUUUUGUAACUCCAAGAAAAAGACCGUGAGAACCGUUCCUAUCAUCAGCGAUUAAGGAACCUUGUAAUAACAUUAUUCUUUGUUACGCACUUUUAAUUGAUCAUAGUUAGAAUCAACACAAAUCACCGUACGCAAAACACAGACGUAUCAAUUUGUUUCACACGUAUGAAUGUAGCCACGCCGAUUUUUUCAUGAUUAUGGUAGCUUUGCUCAUGUUCAGUUU